AUGUCUAUCAAUAAUAAUGAAACACAUAAAUUUGUAAAUCUUUCACAUGCUUUAUUAUCAAUCAUUGUUUAUAAUUUGAAAGACAAUAUCGAUAAGAUUUGUUUUAGUUUAGUUUGUAAAAGAUGGUUUGAUAAUAGAAAUAGAUAUCUAUUGUUUGAUAGCAAUAAUUUAUAUUGUAUUGAUAAAGAUAGUUCAAGAAUCACAUUGAGUUCAUUUAGAUCAUUAAUAUAUGAAUCAAUCAGCCAAAAGAAACAAUGUUCGAUGUUAGUGUCAUCACAACACAGAGAUAUUGGUAUUUAUGAUCAUAUAGUAGAUCUAGAUUCAAUUGAAAGUAUAGAUGAAAUAGAUCAAAAUAUAGUAAAGGCCUCGAUGAGCAUAUAUUUACAGUAUGGAGUUGACAAGUCAGAUAAACUGUUUACAAGACUCUAUGAUUUGAUUGGCAAAUCUAAUGUAACUAGUAUAGAGGAGUGUAGGACUUUAAAACAUCGAAUACCAACCAAUAUUACCUCACUAUCUUUCGAGCAUUUUUUUAAUGAACCAUUGUUCAAAGGUUGCUUUCCACCAAAUCUGAAGAAGCUGAAACUUCACGGUAAUUUCAAUCAGGUGAUUGAAGUAGGUGUAUUACCUGAUACUCUGGAGAGUUUUGAGAUUUUUACACUCAGCCAAAUAUUGGAACCUGGAGUACUACCAACUUCACUGAAGGUCUUUAAGAUCUUGGACUUAGCACCCGAUAACUAUCUCAAAGUUGGAUCGUUACCACCAAAUCUAGAGGAGUUCGUUCACCAUGGCAGAGAUAUCUAUAUUGAUUCAAACGUACUACCAAACUCUUUAAUAAAACUACAUAAUGCGCCAGUGUCGUGGAUGAUGUCAAUCAAGAAUCUUGAGAAUCUUCGAUCACUAAAUUUCACAUGUCCAGGAAUUAUUCCAAACUCUGUGAAUAAUCUUUUCAUUCAAGAUCGAAGAGAUGACAUUGUUAUUCCAGAAGGAAUUCUCCCAGACUCUGUUCAAAACAUAAAAUUAUCACAAGUUUUAUUUCCAACGACGACAAAAAUGGUUGACAACAUUUCCUUUAAAGGUUACCGUGAUAAUAAGAGUUGCAUUCGAAAACUUGAUGAUCAAUAUUACAUUGUAUUUGGUUAUAACAAUAACAAAUUCAUUGCAAGUUUAUUUCACAAAUCAAUGUUUUUAGACAGAGUUAAUGUUGUAAAAAUACUUUUAGAUAAAAAAAGAUAA